ACAAGAAACCUGCUGACUGGGUUGAUGAUCCAAAAAUACCCGAUCCUGAUGCCAAGAAGCCAGAUGAUUGGGAUGAGGAUGCACCAUACGAAAUUCCUGAUGAGGAUGCCAAAAAACCAGAAGGAUGGCUUGAUAAUGAACCUUUGAACAUUCCAGAUCCAGAAGCCAAAAAACCUGAUGAUUGGGAUGAUGAAGAGGAUGGUGAUUGGAUCCCACCAACUAUAUCUAAUCCAAAAUGUGAGGAAGCACCUGGUUGUGGUGAAUGGAAACGUCCAAACAAAAAUAAUCCUAACUAUAAAGGAAAAUGGUAUGCUCCACAGAUUGAUAAUCCAAAAUAUAAGGGUCCAUGGGCACCUCGUAAAAUUCCAAAUCCUGACUUCUUCGAAGACUUGACUCCUUCUAAAUUUGAAAAAAUCGGUGCUGUUGGAUUUGAACUCUGGACUAUGCAAAGCAAUAUUUUGUUUGACAACAUUUAUAUUGGCCACUCUGAAGAGGACGCACAAGAACUUGCUGAGGAGACAUGGCGCGUAAAAUAUGAUAUUGAAAAGGCAGAAGAAGCUAAAGAAUUUCCUCAGGACGAUAUUGAGACUCCUCAUACACUUUUCGACACCAUACAAAAACAUGUCAACGAAUUCCUUGAAAUUUUCUUCGAAGAUCCUUGGGAAGCUUUCAAAGAAAAACCCGAAGUUGCGGCUGGUUUGACAGUAUUAGUCAUCAUAUUAAUUUUACUUCUCGGAGUAUUGGUUAAUUUAUUAUCACCACCAAAGAAGGCUUCUGCACUACACAAAAAGACUGACGCCAAAACUCCUGAUGAUAAAGAUGCCGAUAAAGGCGAUGCAAGCACUUCAAAAGAUAAAGAUGAGGGUAAUGAAAAACUGACAAGACGAACAAAAACUCCAAAAGACACUUAA